AUGCUUCUCAGGCAAGGAUCCCUGCCUUCAUUGCAGGAAGUGUAGCGAAGCGGUAGGGCGCAUGCUCUAAAGAGCUCUCAACAAGCUAAGGAUGAUUUCGACGCCGUAAAAAGGGUAAGAAAAAAUCAAACGACUUUCGAUUAAAGUUAAGUUUUUGUGAAUUUCGUUAUUUGUGUCGAUGUAGUGGUGUGCAAGGGUAUUUGGUCGGCUGCCGUGCCGAACCGUGCGGGACCGAGACCUGAGGGGACGGGACAACGUUGCCGCACGGUUGUUGGUGUGCGUGCCGUCGCACCAGAGACGUCAGUGCUAAACGGGGAGAAAAGAAAUACGAAGGCACGUUAUACGAAGGCGCAAGAAACAACGUAUCAGUCCGGCGUUGACAACCUUUGUGACUGUGACAAUGUUUUUUGGAGACUCUGAUGGCCAAUGCGGAUGUCACCACGUCCAUGGGGGACAUGCUGAUGGUCAAGGGAAACGAGGGUGACACCAUCACUGGCCACAAAGCCCAGGUCAUCCUGCACCUCCAGUCCAUCGAUCAGGGGGCAAACGAUGACAAUGCAGAUACGUCCACCACAGUCCUGGCUGUGGAGACGCACCAAGAGGACAGUAGCACAGAGGGAGAUGAGGUGGAAUAUGGAUACCCCAUAACCUGUGGCGACAGCAGAGCAGUCCUCCUGUUCAAGAAGUUUGUGUGUCCAGGCAUCAACGUCAAGUGUGUAAAGUUCAACGACCAGCUGAUUAGCCCUAAACAGUUUGUUCAGCUGGCCGGCAAAUCAACUCUGAAGGACUGGAAGAGAGCCAUUCGCCUGGGAGGGGUUAUGCUCAGGAAAAUGAUGGAUUCAGGCCAGAUUGACUUCUACCAGCACGACACAGUCUGCACCAACUCGUGUCGCAGCACCAAAUUUGACCUCCUCAUCAACAGCACUCGCCUACCCUCCACUGCCUCAAUGCCCACCCCCACCUCUCCGCUCUCAGGAGGUGGUCAGAUGCUGUUCGUGGAAGAGAGGUCAGACGACUCAGGCAAUGUCAUGAUGGAAGCGCGGGCCAGUCAUAUGAUCCCUGUCCUAUCACAAGCCAAUGGAGAGAUUAAGAAAGAAACAGAGGAUUCACCAGAGGAGUCUCUGAGCUUCUGGCAGGGCAUGUCUGAGAUGGGGCUGGUGGGGGAGGUGGUGUCCAGCAUCCGCACUGAGCUGCUGGCCCUGCUGAGGGGAGUAGAGCAGCGUGGGGAACAGGCUCUCCUACACCACACAGAUGCAGCCGUUCUGAGCACACUCACUCAGAUGUUUGGGCUGCUGGACUCGGUCAGGCAGGUCCUGGACCUGCAGCGCAGCAGGGCGGCCCAGAACGAACCGCAGCUCCACAACAGACUCGACGUUCUAGAAUGCCAGCUGGACAAUCAGAAGAGGCAGCCAUUGGACUGGAGGACCCAUCCGUCCUCUCCCUUCCCCAUCAUUGUGCACACGCCCCUCUCGGCCACCCCGUUCUCGCGGCCCCCUCUCGGCAAACGGCCGAAGUUGCAACGCUCCUUCUCCGGCUCCUCCGCCUCGUUCUCCUCCGGCGCUAACUCCUCCGGGUCCCCCUUCACGGUGCUGUCCCCCAUCACCUUCUCCCCCGUGGGGCAGACGCUGGCGGUGCCCGGCCUUCCCAUCUCCACUCUGGCUCAGCUUCCCACUGGUUCCCAGCUCUUCCCUAUCCACUCUGCCUCGCCCGUGAGUGGAGCUUACAGGGCUAAGGCUGAGGCUGUGGGGAUCAGCCCGGUCUCGGGGCUCAGCCUGCCCGGCGCGGCCAACCUGAGGCCCGGGGUCGUCCACAUCAUGGAAGCGAGGCCUCCGUCCGGCGGAGAGAUGCAGGAGAGGGCGGAUGCGGAGGAGGAGGAGGAGAAGGAGGAGGAUAGACGAGGGACGGAGAGGGAAGAAGAGGGCAGGAGGCGAGUCGUGGCGGAGGACGUGGCCAUGGAGGAAGAGGAGUCGAUGGCAGAGGAGAGGGAGAGGGAGAGGGAGAGGAGAGCGGAGGAGAGGAGACAGGAGGAGACACCCAGGGAGGAGGGCAAAGAGAGAACACACAGAAUAGGAGUGUCCAAGAAAAAGACCCACAAAAGAGCAUUCCACUAAACAGCAGGAAAAGACCCACAGAGGGAGAGGGAUGAAAGGAUUAAACAGAGGGAGGGAGACAGACAGAUAGACAGACAGACAGACAGACAGAUAGACAGACAGACAGAUGACAGGGGAAUAGGGUUGAUGGCUCUCCAAGUGACAAAGUUCAGGGAGUUUUUUAUUCUGAUGUGGUCUGUGUCACCACACCACAGGAAACCACACGAGUAGCCCAGGACUUUUGAUCAGGAUGAAACUGCUGUUUCCUCUCUACUUGUCCUUUCUAACACAGAGAUCUCUAACUGUGCUCCACCAUCCUGGGCAUUAAGCUCAUGUCUUUUUUUUUCUCCAGGAUGGUGAAGUGAUGUAUACCUCUACAUAACUAUGACUGGAUUCAAUACUUGAUUCUUUUCCCCCUGAUCUGAAGUGAUUUUAAGCCAAAAAUCACAAUUCUUUCAAGUAAGCUUACUCAAUCUUCUGGAGUUUCAGGGUUUCUGAAUUUAUGACUGUUUCAACUACACAGCUCUUUCGUUGACAGAGUAUACUUUUGCAUAUAUGUGAAUAGUUUGUAUGUCUAAUUGUCAUUACACUUUGAUUACAUAUAUAUAUAUAUAUAUAUAUGUGUUUGUAUGUAUGUAUAUAUAUGUAGUUAAAACUCUAACUUUGUUUUUACAUUAACAUCUUGGCCCUUGUUUUUGCACGGUGUUAAAAGAGAAUUUAAGUUUUAAAAGACAGUAUUAGUCAUUAGUCAAUGUUUAUACCUUUUGCAGACAGUAUUGUGUAGCCCCUGUUUUACAGUUAGUUUUGGCACUUGUCAUAGUGGUACUUGCAUAGUGUUUUUGCUCCCUUGUAAGCAAUAGUAGUCCUUGGAAACAUAAACAAAACCAAACAGUAAGGAUUUGUUGAAAGGGAAACAUUUUAUCUUGGAAACAUCUAGCUUGGGAACAAAAAAAUAGUAGAAAAAGUUUAUUGUAAUACUAGUUCAAAGGAAACAUGGAUAUAUUCAUUGUCUGUUUAUUUAUUUUUAGCUGGAUUUGAAAAAGCACCUUAGAUGGUACCAUUCAGUUCUAAAGCUAUUUGUGAUCCAAGUUCUGGAUUGUCUAUAAAAGCAAAAAAAAAAGGAUCUAAACGGAGAGACUCAGUUGAAAGUGGAUGUAGCAUACCCCAAAAGACCCUUUCUGGCAGAUUAGGGCCCAAGGUUUCUUAGGAUGGACAGAUACGGUUAGAAACAGAUAUAUACAGUAUAUUUGCUGAAAUUCAGCAAAUGACUCUGGUUCUAUCAGACUAGGAACUAGAUAUCUGGUUUCCUUCUGUUUUAUGGAAUCAUUAGUGUUUACCAUGAUCUGCUCUUUAAGCAAGCACUUAGUACCAAACUAAUCUGCACAAAAUAUUUUUCUUCCUUUCAGAUGUAUUGUAAAAUAUAUAUUUGUAUUUAUACGUUUAGUUUAUAUCUUUAUGCGAGAGGAAAACACAAGUGCACUGUUCACACAUAGCCCUACAUGGGGGCAAAGUCAUCAAUGCCAAUAGAAAUUACAGGGAAACGGCAUUUUUAAAGUCCAAAUAAAAAUGAUAAAGACACAAA